GUGGGUCUCCUCUCUGGGAACCAGCAACAAGUGGCUUGCAGCGGCACUUUCCCUUAGGAAGAAGUGGAUCGCAAGCGCUUGGACAGAGGGAGCCAGGCAGCUUCUCCUCUUUUCACCCUCUGGAGCCCUAGGGCGCGGAUGGGGACCCGGAGGGGAUGCCCGUUCCAGACUGGUCUUGGGAUGCUGGAAGCUGCACCUAUGGAUUGCAUUAGUACCGCUGCCUGACCCGGAGUGUGGAUUAUUAGUGGAGCUGAGGCCCCUUGGGUUACCCUACUUGCAAAAAAUAGAAAGAAACGGGGGCGGGAGGGAAGCAAGGGGUGGAAGAAAAAGAGCAAGCCCAUCUGGAGAACCAGGAAGGGGGGGCGCAUUGCCCUCCCGGAGAUGGUCCUUGUUUGGGGGUUCUGAAGUAUGUCAAAGUAAUCGUCCGGGAUAGGAGGGUUCACUUGCUCGCUUUCCUCAACCCCUGGUUGCCUAAGAGCCCCCGUCUUGGCUGGUUAGACAUGGUGUGUAUGGGGAGAAGGAGAGUAUGAAGCCUGCAGGAUGGGAGCGAACAAUGGCAAACAGUACGGCAGUGAGGGCAAAGGCAGCUCAAGCAUCUCAUCCGACGUGAGUUCAAGUACAGAUCACACACCGACCAAAGCUCAAAAAAAUGCAGCUACCAGUGAAGACUCCGACCUGAGCAUGCGCACGCUCAGCACGCCCAGCCCAGCCUUGAUCUGUCCACAGAACUUGCAUGGAUUUCAGAAUGGAAGAGGUUCGUCCACCUCAUCUUCCUCCAUCACAGGAGAGACAGUGGCCAUGGUCCACUCUCCCCCUCCAACCCGCCUCACCCACCCUCUCAUCCGGCUAGCCUCUAAACAGCAAAAAGAACAGGCCCACAUUGACCGCCUCCCGGACCACUCUAUGAUCCAGAUAUUUUCCUUCCUACCUACCAAUCAGCUGUGCCGCUGUGCUCGUGUGUGCCGUAAGUGGUACAACCUUGCUUGGGACCCCCGGCUCUGGAGGACUAUUCGUUUGACGGGUGAGACCAUCAAUGUGGACCGGGCCCUCAAAGUAUUAACCCGAAGGCUUUGUCAAGACACACCCAAUGUAUGUCUCAUGUUGGAGACGGUGACUGUUAGUGGCUGCAGGCGGCUCACAGACAGAGGACUUUAUACCAUUGCCCAGUGCUGCCCAGAACUGAGGCGACUCGAGGUUUCAGGCUGUUACAACAUCUCCAAUGAAGCUGUUUUUGAUGUGGUGUCCCUCUGUCCCAACCUGGAGCACUUGGAUGUGUCAGGAUGCUCUAAAGUCACUUGCAUCAGUCUGACCCGGGAAGCCUCUAUCAAGCUGUCCCCUCUACAUGGCAAACAGAUUUCCAUCCGCUACUUGGAUAUGACAGACUGCUUUGUCCUGGAGGAUGAGGGUCUGCACACAAUCGCCGCCCACUGCACCCAACUGACCCAUCUGUACCUGCGUCGCUGUGUCCGCAUCACUGACGAGGGCCUCCGCUACCUGAUGAUCUACUGUGGCUCUAUCAAAGAGCUGAGUGUGAGUGACUGCCGUUUUGUCAGUGACUUUGGCCUGCGUGAGAUUGCCAAACUGGAAUCUCGUCUGCGCUAUCUCAGUAUUGCCCACUGUGGUCGGGUCACUGAUGUGGGCAUCCGUUAUAUCGCCAAGUACUGCAGCAAGUUGCGCUACCUCAAUGCGAGGGGCUGUGAGGGCAUCACGGACCAUGGUGUAGAAUACCUGGCCAAAAACUGCACAAAACUCAAGUCUCUGGACAUUGGGAAGUGUCCUUUGGUUUCGGACACUGGCCUAGAGUGCCUGGCCCUUAACUGCUUCAAUCUGAAACGCCUGAGCCUAAAGUCCUGUGAGAGUAUCACGGGACAGGGCCUACAGAUAGUAGCUGCCAACUGCUUCGACCUGCAGAUGCUGAACGUGCAGGACUGCGAGGUGUCCGUGGAGGCGCUUCGGUUUGUGAAACGCCAUUGCAAACGCUGUAUUAUAGAGCAUACCAACCCUGCCUUCUUUUGAAUUGACAGCCUCUAUCUAUGAUCUCUUUUUAUAAAAAUUCAAAAAAAGGAAAAAAAACAACAAAAAAUUUGGUUUUGUUAAGCAAAAAAAAAAAUGUUAAAGACAGUAUAUGUAAGCACAUGCCACUCUCAUUUGCAAUAGCUGUUUGUUGUUUUUUUUUUGGGGGGGUAUGCUUUGAAGCUCUUGGGAAUCAGCUUUUGAUUAUUUGUUAUGAUCUACAUGAGAUCAAAGAACAAAAAUAAGCCUGUUUCUAUUGUAGCUGUUACCUUCUUGUUUCUGGCCGGAUUAUUGUAAGUAGCUUCCUUCAGAAGGCCUCAGCAGGCCGGUCCUAAUGCUACUGGGCAUCUCCAAAAUGCACUGACCCAGCAUUCCCAAGAGUGCCUUCAUUUGACCCAAAGGCCCAAAUAUCACACUUGUUUUGAGUGACAUACAUUCCUCAGUCGUACAAACUAAUGUAAGCACCAAACAAUCUUGGGAAAUGGAUCAGUAGUAGCACUUUACAAAGUGCUUUCUAAACUCUUCUUUGCUGAUUAAUCACUCCUCACAAACACCCUAGCAUUCUGGAUCUCUGUGCUCAGGCCCACUUGAGAAUAGUGGAAAUCAGAAAAGGAUAUUGUUGUUGAUUUUCCCGGAGUCACCCAGGAAAUCUUCCUCCUCUAAAUGUCUCUGAAAGUUCUUACUUUAUGCACCAAGCCAUUCUAUCAGACUAAUCCAGGAAGGCUAGUCCAAGGUGCCAAUCUCAGUGUCAAAGUUUCCUAAUUGUCUCUUUCCCUCAUCUGAGUGAUCCCGAUGUGUGCUGCAGGAAUCUAUUUCAUAUCAUGCCCAUGCUCUGUUGUUUGUUAUGCUCCGUGAGCAUGAUUGGCAGGCAGCACUAACAGGGAGGGUCUAUAUAUCUAAAGAUGAGAUUAGAGAAAUCAGCCCCAAACAGAUGCUGAGCUGAGAUCCUUUAGUCUCUCCUUGGUAUAGAAUAAUGUCAUCCUUCCUAAGCCAUUGCUAACAGGGAGAAACACCCUUGCAAUUUUUAAUUAAGAAGUGAUGCCCAAAUGGGCACACCCUUUCACUCCACAAAGUAUGUGGUGUUUUUUUCCUUUCCUCAGUCUACUUGUGGCAGGCACAUCUGUACCCCAGCUGUGAAAGCUUUAACCAGAUUUCCCUUUUGUCAUUCAGACUUCUGUUUUCCUCUUUCAUUUAUUUGUUCCUUUAUGCACCCAGACUUCAUUGUAUGUAUGAAGUCAUUUGGGGUUGGGCUCUUAAGUGUUUAAUUGUGCACAGUGUCACCUUAUGUGCAUACUUCCAUAGCUAUAUGCAUACUCCACUUCAAAGGAUGGGGUAGCCAACUUCCACAAUUGUAAUGGUGCACUCUAUGAAAAUGGCAUGCAUAUAAACAAGGGAACACAUCAGUAAGAUUUAGACUCUGGCCCACCAACCAUGUCAACCAUUCUCUGGAAAUAAAUACAUACCUAUGCACACGAUUGCUGAAUGGGAAGUUACAACUUUGGAGUGGAGUGGGAGCUUGCCAGUUCCAUUUGCAUAAAAUCAAUAAAAGGGUGGGGGGAUUUCCAUUGCCUUUCCAUUUGAAGUUCACUCCCUGAUUCCAGCUAGCAUAUGAGCUUCCAAAUGCUCCCUCAUAGCUCCCCACCCUUAAUCAUUCACUUCUGAAAACUGUUCUUCUACUUCCACCCAUAAGGUUUGACAUCCAAAUCCAGGGUUUCUAGACCUCCAAGCCAAGUAUGCUAAAUCUGUUUUCAGAGCAGGCCGAUACAAUGAUUGACAACAGCUUGGAGUCAGAGGCCCCACUGCUGUACAUGUGUUGGAAAGAAGGAGCUGAAAUAGGGAAUCAUCUGCCCAGUCUGCUUCUCAUAAUGAAACAGUAGCUUGCUUUCCAGACAACAUCAUUAGCAUCACUGAUGUAGCAUUCAAAGCCAUGUACUAAGAGGGAAAAAAUGCAUGAUCUGGCUGGAAAUACCACUUAGAAACACUCCUACAGCUUAUAAAUGUGCGCAAAACCCAAGGCAGCAUUCUACAUGCAAUUUGUGUCCCUUGACUAAGGUUUAUUUGUGAGUCAUGGAGAAUGUUCUCUCAUCCUGGGUGAUAUGGUCUCCCAGGUGAGCUUGUUAAGAUUUCUCUUACUUGAAUGAGUGAAAGAAUGAAAGAAGAGAGCAGACCCUCAUGUGCCAGAGACCAUUGGCUACUCUGUGGCUCAAAUUAUUAAAAAACCUUUAUUCUUGCCAUUUAAUAGUGUCAAAUUUACUGCUUUCUGCAUAUCUGACAAGGCCAACUCUUCACAAUGAGUGUAUAGCAUAUCUCUGCUUCAUCCAGUUCCUAACUUUCUCCCCAGACUUCUCUUCAUGAUGUUCCAUGGGGAGUUCAAGGAGUUUGAAUGUUUGGAGGAGGUAACAGGAAAUUGGGUUCAACAAGUUUUUAAGAGACCAAACAAAAGGCCUCAUUAGCAAAUUUGACUGUUUUAAAAAUGUUGCUUCCUUCCUGGCUAUGCUAAAUUGAAUGUUCUUAAAAAAAUCCUAAUGUUGGAUUCAUUGCGUGUUGUAAGAUUCUCUAGAAAGCCAUUAAUUUACUACCAUCAAG